AUGGCAAACAUUAAAGAACUAUUAUUACAAUUGAAGGACCUCGCUCAUUGUAAUGACAAUCUAGCCCUCACGAUUCGACAGACCGUAUUGGAACCGUUCCAGCUUGACUUGAGUAAAGUUGACGCAGUAAGGAAACCUCCACCUACACCCGCUCGAUUCAAGCAAAUGGCAACUCAAUUAGCACCCUUUGCCAUGCGCAUUGUCAAUCAAAAUAUUGAAAGUCUUGCAAGCUUAAAGGGAACAACCUCAAAAUCAAAACAAUACGUUAUCACUGUCAAUUGUCUGGUGGAUACGUCUUUUUAUGCUUUGUCUGCGCUGCGACAUAUGAACACACACACAACUUUGAAACCUUUAGACAUCGAAAAAACUACAUCAAAUUUGAUUGGAAAAAUGGUGGAUAUUGGCGAGUAUAACCGUGCACUGGAUGAGUUAAGGAAAUUUCGCUCUGUCUUGGCCAGUGUGGCCAAAGUUCAAUUGGACUCAAAACUGACAGUUGACAACAAAUCAAAGACAAUUCCAAAGAAGCGAGUACUUGCGGAAACUCAAGAUAAUAACCAGUCCACUUAUAAACGCUCAUUUUCACCUGUGCCUGAUUCGAUGAUUGGCAAUCAAUGGGAACAAGAAAUGCUGUACAAAUACCAAGACCUGUUUCAAUUUCCGUACGACACUUCCAUCAACGACCGCACUAUGGUUUUAUUAGUUCUGGCCUAUCAGAUGAAUGCACUUCGUUGUUGGUGUGAAGUAGGAGAUAAUGCAUUAGCAAAAUACGUACCUUAUUUCAUGGAAAAAUCUGGCAACUUUAUCGAUUGGAGUAAACACCUCUACAAAAUUGAUGCAGAGACCGCUAAAAAACAGCUGGACUCAUUUCAACGACUGUUAUACAAGGCUGCCAACAAGUAUCCAUUAACAGGUAUUUUCAGAGGAAGAAAUAUUGAUGCACACACACGCACUUACCCAGUUUAUACACUCAUAUAG